GAGGGGGAUCCAGAUGGGAAGGAGCAGCGUCGCGCUGCAGGAGAGAUAGAGAGGGAAGACAGCCUGUGGAGGAGAAGACGCGUCAUCUCCGCAUGGAGAUUAAAUAAAAUACCAAAAUCUAACCCUGAGCCAACGGACUUCCCCCGGUGCUGCCAUGUAUUUUGGUAGUGUGUGUCACAGCGCUCUGCUGCAGCUGGCCCCCCCCACGCUGGGCAGAAUGCACCUCAGCCCGGACCCGAAGCCCCACGUACCCUUCCACCUGCUGCCGGGAUUCACCAACAUGGAUCACAUCCGUAAAGCUCUGAUUGGCCCGGGCUUCGGACUCCGAACGCCGCUGAAAAGGAAGCUGGGUUCCUGCGGAUUCUGUCCGCUGAGGUGUAACCCCGAGGCUCAGGCUUCUACACACUAUACUGGCAGCAAAAACUCAAAAAGGCUGAAAGCGAUGGACACCCCCGAUUUAAAAAUCAGGACCUCUGAACCGGUUGCCAGGGAAACCACAUCGCAAAUCCUCCCGUCCCCCUGCUUACAGCCCUCCAGUGCAGACACAGGAGAGCCAACGGCAGUGAGCCGCGCAUCCGAGGCGUCACCAUCGGGCCGCGGCCCCGCUGACCCCUUGAACAGACCCUCUGACUCUCCGCUGGCCCCCGGCCCGAGGACACCGGAGCCCGAGGAGCGGAGAGACGGGCGGGUGGAUGCGGCUCCAGAGCACGAAACAGAAGAGGAGAAGGCCUUACGUCUGCUCUACUGCUCCCUCUGCAAGGUUCCUGUGAACUCCGCCUCCCAGCUGCAUGCCCACAACAGCGGCACUAAGCACAAGACCAUGCUGCAGGCCAGGAGCGGCGAGGGAGCCAUCAAGUCCUUCCCGAGGACGGGUGUGAAGGCCAAGUUGGUGGUGGCGUGUGAGUCACCAACCGGACUGCAGAACAAAACGUUCCACUGUGAGAUCUGCGACGUGCACGUCAACUCAGAGACGCAGCUCAAACAGCACAUCAGCAGCAGGAGACACAAGGAUCGAGCGGCAGGUAAACCAGCCAAGCCUAAGUUCAGCCCUUACGCUCCCGUCCAGCAUCACCAGGGUCUCCACGCGAUAUGUCUCGCUCUACAGAAGAAGCAGGACCUGACCAAACCUCUGGCCUCCUGCCUCCUGCAGCGUCGACUCUCACAACACCCUGUUGCAGCCGCCGCUGCCGCUGCCAUGGUGAUACUGCCCCCCUUCCCCCUCCGCCCGGCCUCGAACGCCAGCCCCGCCCUAUUUCAGAGUCAGACCCUCCCCCAGGCGCUGCUGCAUCCGGCACCGGGACCCAUCUGUUCUGCACACACACAGGUUCUUUUUUCCCCCUACUGACCCCGUCAACGUCUCAAUCCGCUCCGAACUGCAGCUCAAAGCAGAGACACGAAGAAGACAGUGCUCCACUAACACUACGUGCUGCCGGUGUCAUGGACCAGGACCCAAGGUUAUUUCACGCGCCACGAAACCAUAGACUAGAUUGCGAUGGAGGAGAUGCAAAGAAGCAGAACAGUAUUUUCUGAUGUGAUCAUUUGGGCAAAUGUGUUUCAGGGCAUGUGCAUCGAGCCACCAUCAUGUCCAACUUUUACCACACUGUGUCAUUCUUUCAGUAAUAAACACUUUAUAUAUGCUGAUAAUCUUUUUGACAAUCAGAAAAUCGAUUUUUAAAUGGGCAAUUCAAUUAAGUACAGAUAUGAUAUGUUAGAUGCAUUAUGGUGAACUUCGAAGAUCUUUACGGCGGUGUGUAUAUAUAUAUAUAUAUGAAGAGGUUUAUUACUUUCCAAUAAAUAACACAGCAAUCCAAUGCUCCAUUACAUGGUGUUCAUAUGUUGAUACGUCUUUGUUA